AUGGCGUUUUUCCGAAGUGUCGCCGCGCUAUCGAAGCUCCGAUCUCGCCUCGCUCAGCAAUCCACCACAUUGGGAUCGGUCCGAUGGUUGCAAGUGCAGAGCUCUUCUGAUCUUGAUCUUCGUUCCCAGUUGCAAGAUCUGAUUCCUGAACAACAGGAACGCUUGAAGAAACUCAAGUCAGAACAUGGAAAAGUUCAGCUUGGAAACAUCACUGUUGAUAUGGUUAUUGGUGGAAUGAGAGGAAUGAUUGGAUUGCUGUGGGAGACAUCAUUACUUGAUGCAGAUGAGGGUAUUCGCUUUAGAGGCCUGUCAAUUCCUGAAUGCCAGAAGCUAUUGCCAUCUGCAGUCAAGGGAGGGGAGCCAUUGCCCGAGGGUCUCCUCUGGCUUCUUUUGACCGGAAAGGUGCCAAGCGAAGAGCAAACUGAUGCACUCUCCAAGGAAUUGCGUAGUCGUUCAAAAGUUCCAGAUCAUGUAUUCAAGGCAAUCAAUGCACUUCCUGUUGCUGCUCAUCCAAUGACUCAAUUUGCUACCGGAGUAAUGGCACUUCAGGUGGAAAGUGAAUUUCAAAAGGCAUAUGAUAAAGGAAUGCCAAAAGCAAAGUUUUGGGAACCUACUUACGAGGAUUGUAUGAAUUUAGUUGCUCGGCUUCCAGUUGUGGCUUCUUAUGUUUAUCGCAGGAUUUACAAGGAUGGGAAAGUUAUACCUGCUGAUGAUUCUCUCGAUUAUGGUGCAAAUUUUUCACACAUGCUUGGAUUUGAUGAUCCAAAAAUGCAGGAGUUAAUGAGACUUUAUGUAACAAUACACAGUGAUCAUGAAGGUGGUAAUGUUAGCGCACAUACAGGUCAUCUGGUUGCUAGUGCUCUCUCAGAUCCUUAUCUUUCUUUUGCGGCAGCACUUAAUGGUUUAGCAGGCCCACUUCAUGGCCUAGCUAAUCAGGAAGUGCUUCUAUGGAUCAAAUCUGUGGUAGAGGAGUGUGGAGAAAACAUAACAACCAAUCAGUUGAAGGACUAUGUCUGGAAGACUUUAAAUAGUGGCAAGGUUGUUCCUGGAUUUGGUCAUGGAGUUCUACGGAAAACAGAUCCGCGAUAUACAUGCCAAAGAGAGUUUGCUUUAAAGCAUUUACCUGAUGACCCACUUUUCCAGCUGGUUUCGAAGUUGUAUGAAGUUGUUCCCCCCAUACUCACUGAGCUAGGCAAGGUUAAGAACCCAUGGCCCAAUGUUGAUGCUCAUAGUGGAGUUCUACUGAACCAUUUUGGCUUGACUGAAGCCAGGUAUUUCACCGUCUUGUUUGGCGUCUCGAGAAGCAUCGGAAUUGGAUCUCAGCUUGUGUGGGAUCGCGCCCUCGGUCUGCCGCUUGAAAGACCAAAGAGCGUGACGAUGGAUUGGCUCGAAAACUACUGCAAAAAUGUAGCCUGAUUCAAAAAUGCCGUGACCGAGUCUAGAGUUGCACAAAAACGAUUUCUUGUAACAGAAAAUAAGAGAACUAGAAGCACGUCUUGGCCUCAAUUUUCUUUUACUUUUUGGCUUUUUUUUUUUGGCGGCGAUAAUAACUGGAGCAGGACGCUCCAAUCGAUCAGGUAGAUAUUCGUGUCGACAAUCUCAUGUUUGUUAUUACAUUGAUCUGGGUAGUGAGAUUAAUGAUAAGUAAUUUUUGCCUGUUCUUUUGUACUUAAAUUCGGAACUCCACUUGCUCGCAGAUUCCGAUUUUGUGAUGGAUCAGGAAUUUGGAAAGAAAAUUUGUGCCUUUA